AUUCGAAAACGAUAUAAAACGUUUGGACAUAGCCGGGAGCUGGUUCAUUCGCUUACCGCUCCCUUGGGAAGGCAGAAGUCAUCGUUCGAGGACGAGAACUACCAUCAAAACUGGAAAUCAAAAUGAAGGCACUGCUCUUGCUAGCACUGCUGUCCGUGACUAUUUCGGCUAUCGUAGCUGAUCGCGAUGAGACACUGAGCCUGUUCACGCAGCUGAAACGCGUGAAGAAGGGCCGCCUGUUCGGGGCGGAAGAUGAUUUCGUAGCGUUCGCACAGUCAGAACUGCUGCUGGCUGAGGAGGAGUACAUCCGUUCGUCCAUCAACGGGGAAUCAUCCAUCCUGCAGGAGCUGGCCAGCGCCGAAGCGCAGGCCAGCGGUCCGCACUGUGUAGACUUUAUCCGCCAGAAGACGGCACUCAUGCUGAACCUUGCCGGUGUAUCUUACACGACCUGCCUGAACCAGGUGGACGACGCGCUGUUCGAGAAGCUGUCCGGGGCCACGGAUGGGGCGGUAUCGCGCGACCAGUACGACCAGGCCAACGUGCUGAAUGCGUUCCGGGGUGAGAACAUCUUCGUCGAUCCGGCACGCAUACGCGGCAAGCUGCAGGAGCGCAUGCGGGCCACGCUUAAGCUACCGACGUUGAGUGCGGCCGCGGUGAGGACGCUUCGCGAAGAGUUGGGCGAAGUGAAGGGACGGUUUGUCGGGUGCAUGACAGAGGCACGGGCUGGAUUGGACACGGCACUGGAAGGUACCUCGAAGCAGUACCAGAUUGUGUGUGCGAAAAAGGAGCAGUAA